AUGCGUAAAUCUCAAAUGAACGACAAAUGUGAACGAUGGCGUUUACGGCUACAAUCAUACGACUUCACCAUAAAACACAUCAAAGGUAAAUCGAACACUAUGCCCGAUUAUUUAUCUCGAUCACCGGUAGAUCACGCUGAAGAUGACAUGGACGAUAAAGCUCUUCCAACUUCUAUUUCUAUCGGUACUCAAACUGAUGCAAGUGAUAACGACACUCUUCUCACAUCAUCAAUCGUCGGCAUGGUUACUACUCGUUCUCGUUCUCGCCAAUUAGCACAAUCCGAUCAUCAUACUACUACUCAAUCAAACAUCAAUCGAUCUGAUAUUCAAAAUCAUCAAUCCACGUCAUCCAAUUCUACAAUUACUACUGAUGGUCCACGAAUCGAAUAUACUGGUAAUAUUGAUCAAUUAAAACAAGCACAACAGAAGGAUUCUGAUCUCCAACAUAUAACGAAUAAUCUUACUGAUGACAAGUAUGUUAACUCUUAUUUCCUACAAGAAGGUCUCUUAAUGCAUCAUGAACACAAUUCGAAACCCGUUCCAUGCGUUCCGAAAGGAGAAAUUCAUCGUGAUAUUAUGAAAAUCUAUCAUGAUACUCAAGCUAACGGCGCACACUUCGGUCGUGACAAAACUAUAAAGAAAAUCAAAGCUCGAUACUAUUGGAAUACUAUGACCAGCGAUAUCACUAAUUACGUUAAGUCAUGUGUCCGUUGUAAUCAGAAUAAUCCUAUUCGUUGCAAACCUGCUGGUCAUUUGAACCCAAUCGAGCCACCGGAAGGAGUUUGGCACUUAUUAUCAAUGGACUUUCACGGACCAAUUACUCCUACUAGUAGACAUGGCAACAAAUACAUUAUUUCAAUCACUGACGUCCUAUCUAAAUUCGUUAUUGCAAAAGCAGUUCGUGAUUGUACCGCUGAUACUGCUGCUCGAUUUCUUCAAGAAGAAGUUAUCUGUAAAUAUGGCACACCGAAAUGUGUUCUCACAGAUAAUGGUACUCAUUUUACAUCAAAUAUGAUGGAACACUUACUUAAACGUCUCGGUAUCACUCAUUUGUACUCGACACCAUAUCAUCCUCAAACUAAUGGUCAAAUUGAACGAUUUAAUAGCACGAUGGAUGCAAAAAUUGCCGCUUUAUCUAAUCAAUGUCGAUCUGAUUGGGAUGAUCAACUUCCAUUUGUCAUCUUUAAUUAUAACACUAGUUCUCAUUCCACUACAAAAACUAUUCCAUUUGAACUUAUGUAUGGACGUUCACCUGUUCUACCAUUCGAUCUUCAAAACCCAAUCGUUUCCCUUCAACAGUCACCUCACUAUACUCAGAACAUACGUCAAUAUAUAUCACAUCUAACAAACAAUGCAAAAACCAAUAUAAUUCAUGCGCAACGUCAGUACAAAUCUAGAUAUGAUACAAAUCGCUCAAAUCCUACAUAUUCCAUCAAUGAUUUAGUUCUUAUAAAAAAUAUUCGUCCACGUCACAAAUUUGAUAUACGAUACGAAGGCCCAUUUCGAAUUAUACGUCGUCUUGGUGUUAAAACAUAUCUUGUUCAACAUGUCAAACUACUUGCUUUGACUCGACAAGUAACAGUUGAUCUACUUAUUCCGGUCUCAACUGGAUAG